GCGGUGAGGUCAGUGCGGCGCCGCUGUCGGUCCCUCCCGCUGCCCCUGGGUCUUAAUCUGUCCCGUGGAGGUCCCACCAUCCAGGCUCCCCUCCGCUGCCAGGCGGAGGCGACGCCUUCCCCCCCUCCGGGCCCCACGGCUCCCGGUCCGGCGGGAGGGUGGAGAGCGCGGCCUGACGCUCCUCAGAUCUUUCUUUUGAUAAUAAAAGCUGCAGAAAUGAAGGUCAGAGGGUAACAACUGUGGAAAAAAAACAGAGCACAUAAGGGUCUGCUCUGCUUCAAGAGUGCCCAGUGAGGAAUGCAAUGGGAUCAAUAGCAUGUCUGUGGAGAGUGGUCCUGGGACAAGACUGAGAAAUUUACCAGUAAUGGGGGAUGGACUAGAAACUACACAAAUGUCUACAACACAGGCACAGGCCCAACCCCAACAAGGCAAUACUGUAGGCACUAACCCCCCACCACCAGAAACUUCCAACCCUAACAAGCCCAAGCGACAGACCAACCAACUGCAGUAUCUGCUCAAAGUGGUGCUCAAGACACUAUGGAAACAUCAGUUUGCGUGGCCUUUUCAUCAUCCUGUGGAUGCUGUCAAGCUAAACCUCCCUGAUUAUUAUAAAAUUAUUAAAACUCCUAUGGACAUGGGAACAAUAAGGAAACGCUUGGAGAAUAACUACUACUGGAAUGCUCAAGAAUGUAUCCAGGACUUCAAUACAAUGUUUACAAAUUGUUACAUCUACAAUAAGCCAGGGGAUGACAUAGUCUUAAUGGCAGAAGCUCUAGAAAAGCUUUUUCUGCAGAAAAUCUCUGAAAUGACUGAAGAAGAAACUGAAAUUGUAAUAGUCCAGGCAAAAGGAAGAGGACGUGGGAGAAAGGAAGCAGUUACACCCAAGCCAGGAGCAUCUACGGUACAAAACACAACUCAAGCAUCAUCCCCUGCUCAAACACAGGCCUCACAACAGAAUCUUCAGUCCGUGCAAACAACUCAUUCCUUUCCUUCCUUGACCCCUGACAUUAUUGUCCAGACGCCAGUAAUGACAGUGGUGCCUCCUCAACCAUCUGCCCCUCCUCCACCUCCUCCCCCACCUCCUGUUCCCCCAACUCCUGCUCCCCAGCCCAUUCAAGCACACCCGCCUGUUAUCCCAACAGCUGCACAGCCUGUGAAGACAAAAAAGGGAGUGAAGAGGAAAGCAGACACCACAACACCAACAACAAUAGACCCAAUUCACGACUCCUCCUCACUGCCCACUGAACCCAAGUGUGCCAAGAUGGGCCCACGAAGGGAAAGCAGCCGGCCAGUGAAGCCUCCAAAGAAGGAUGUUCCAGAUUCUCAACAGCAUGUGGUAGAAAAGAGUAACAGUAACAAAGUGUCUGAGCAGUUAAAGUAUUGCAGUGGCAUCAUCAAAGAGAUGUUUGCCAAGAAGCAUGCUGCCUACGCAUGGCCCUUCUACAAACCUGUGGACGUGGAAGCACUGGGACUGCAUGAUUAUUGUGAUAUCAUUAAACAUCCCAUGGAUCUGAGCACAAUCAAAUCUAAACUGGAGAACCGGGAAUACAGAGAUGCUCAGGAAUUUGCAGCAGAUGUCCGAUUGAUGUUUUCCAAUUGUUACAAAUACAACCCUGCUGAUCAUGAGGUGGUAGCUAUGGCACGGAAACUGCAGGAUGUUUUUGAGAUGCGCUUUGCUAAAAUGCCUGAUGAACCUGAGGAACCCAUGAUUCCAGCCUCCUCUCCAGUAGUGGUGCCACCCCCAACCAAAGUGGCCCCUCCAUCGUCCAGUGACAGUAGCAGUGAUAGCUCGUCUGAUAGCGAUAGCUCAUCAGAUGAUUCUGAAGAAGAACGAGCUCAGCGACUAGCAGAACUCCAGGAACAGCUUAAAGCAGUGCAUGAACAGCUUGCUGCCCUGUCCCAGCCACAGCAGAACAAACCAAAGAAAAAGGAGAAAGACAAGAAAGAAAAGAAAAAAGAGAAGCACAAAAAGAAGGAAGAAGUAGAGGAGAGUAAGAAAAGUAAAACCAAGGAACCACCACUCAAGAAGGCCAAGAAAAAUAAUAGCAACAGCAGUAACUCAAGUAAGAAGGAGCCUGUGACAGUGAAGAACAGCAAACCCCCUCCUGUCUACGAAUCUGAGGAGGAGGACAAGUGUAAGCCAAUGUCUUAUGAAGAGAAGAGACAGCUAAGCCUGGAUAUUAAUAAACUCCCUGGUGAGAAACUGGGCCGAGUUGUCCAUAUCAUCCAGUCAAGAGAACCCUCGCUUAAAAACUCCAAUCCUGAUGAAAUUGAAAUUGACUUUGAGACAUUAAAGCCAUCCACGUUACGGGAGUUGGAAAGAUAUGUAACAUCGUGUUUACGGAAGAAGAGGAAACCUCAAGCAGAGAAGGUGGAUGUAAUUGCUGGUUCCUCUAAAAUGAAGGGGUUCUCCUCCUCAGAGUCUGAGAGCACCAGUGAAUCCAGCUCCUCCGACAGUGAAGAUUCAGAAACAGAAAUGGCACCAAAAUUGAAGAAGAAAGGGCAUUCUGGGCGAGAGCAAAAAAAGCAUCAUCACCACCACCAUCAGCAGGUGCAGCAGCAGCAGAUGCAGCCGCAGCAACCACCGCCUCCACCGCCAGUCCCUCAACAAGCACCACCUCCGAUGAAGUCCUCUCCCCCUCCUUUCGUACCUGCACAGGUCCCCAUCAUGGAGCAUCCGCUCCCAGGGAACAUGUUCGACACUAUCACACAUUUCACCCAGCCCAUCAUGCAUCUUCCUCAGCCAGAGAUGCCACCUCAUCUCCCCCAGCAGCCUGAGCAUAGCACUCCUCCUCACUUGAACCAACAUACAGUGGUCUCUCCUCCAGCUUUGCACAAUGCUCUGCCUCAGCAGCCAUCAAGACCCAGCAAUCGAGCCGCAGCACUACCCCCUAAGCCUUCACGCCCUCCAGCGGCAUCAACAGCCAUAAGCCAACAGCCCAUGAUUCCCCAGCCACCUUUGCCUCAGCCUCCCCAGGUCCUCCUGGAGGAUGAGGAGCCUCCCACACCUCACCACAGCCUGCCUCUGAGCACCAGCCAGAUGCAGCUCUACCUUCAACAGCUGCAGAAAGUGCAGCCACAGACUCCUCUCCUCCCUUCAGUGAAGGUCCAGUCGCAGCCUCAGCCACCCCUUCAGCCUCCUGCUCAUCCCUCAGUGCAACAGCUGCAGCAGCAGAGGCCGAUGCACAUGCAGCCCAUGCAAUUCCCUCCUCAUAUCCCUCAGCCUCAGCCACCACCGCAGCAGCAUCCACCACCCCAGCAGCAGCAGCAGCCACAGCCAGCUAAACCUCAGCAAGUCAUCCAGCACCACCCAUCACCACGACACCAUAAGCCUGACCCCUACUCAACCGGUCACUUGAGAGAUGCGCCUUCCCCUCUCAUGAUGCAUUCCCCGCAGAUGCCCCAGUUCCAAGGUCUGGGCCACCAGUCACCACCUCAGCAAAAUAUCCAGCCGAAAAAACAGGAGCUGAGAGCACCCUCUGUUGUGCAAUCCCAGCCUAUGGCAGCAAAGGAAGAGAAGAUGCAUUCACCGGUCAUUCGAAAUGAAACCUUCAGCCCCACAUUGCGACAAGAACCUCCCAAGCACCCAGAGAGCAUCAAACCGCCAGCACAUAUCCAGCAAAGAACAGAAAUGAAACCAAUGGAGGGUGGGCGUCCUGUAAUCAGACCUCCUGAGCAGAAUGUGCCGCCACCUGGAAUACAGGAAAAAGACAGACAAAAGCAGGAACUGAAAACACCCGUCGCUCCUAAAAAGGAUCUCAAGAUAAAGAACAUGGGCUCGUGGGCAAGCUUGGUCCAGAAACCCACCACCACUCCAGCCUCCACAGCAAAGUCCUCCAGCGACAGCUUUGAGCAUUUCAAGAGGGCAGCGCGGGAGAAGGAGGAGCGGGAGAAGGCACUCAAAGCUCAGGCAGAACAGGUGGAAAAGGAAAAGGAGCGGCUGAGGCGGGAGCAGGAGAGGAUGAGAAGUCGCGAUGAUGAGGACGCCCUGGAGCAAGCUCGCAGAGUUCAGGAAGAAGUUCGAAGACGCCAGGAGCAGCAGCAGCAACAGCAGCAGCAGAAGGAGCAGCAGAAGAAGGAACAACAGCAACAGGUGUCUGCUGCAGCCUCUGCGCCCCAAGCACAGAGCUCUCAGCCACAGUCCUCCCAGUCCAUGCUGGAUCAGCAGAGAGAGAUGGCCAGAAAGCGGGAGCAGGAGCGAAGGCGCAGGGAGGCGAUGGCAGCUACUAUUGACAUGAAUUUCCAGAGCGAUUUGUUGGCAAUAUUCGAAGAGAAUCUUUUCUAA